AGAGCUCCUAUUAAUUAAGAUUAAAAAUGAAAAAGCAACAAACACAAGACUUAAUUUGGGUUUUGUGGUCUCAAAAAUCAAAAGAUCAACAUACAAAACAAAUUUCUCCAACUCUUCCUCUUCUCCUUCCCCUUCCACUUCCCCCCCCGCCUGUCUCCAAUUCUCCUUCUCCAGUAGCGUCGAAUCGUUUGAGAAAUUCUCAAAAAUUAUGCUCGUUUUAUGUGAAUUUUACGGCUUUCUUUUGCCAUUUCCGCCGAAUUUCAUAUCCGUUUGUUAAAUUUCAGUGUAUGGGUUUGAUUACAAUUUUUUUGAAAUCGGUUGGUUUUUAAUUUCAUUUGUUGGGCAAUGUGGUUUUGUGGCUGCCACAGUAAGUGUCUCAGUCAGAAUCGGUAGGUAGAUCCGUGAGAAUUUGUUUUGAGGAGGAGGUUUUAAGGGUAAUGAUUCUUGUUUGAGGGGGAUCUCGUGGAUUUGAGCCUGGUUAUUAGGUGUUUUGUUUAGUUUUCAAUCCUACAGUUUAUUAUUCUCGGGAUCUUAGUGCCCUUGGCGUAUUUUAAUUUGGAUUAGUUCAAUUGAAAAUUAAUGGCUUUUGAUCCAUUCUCAUGCACGUUGAUGAUGGUUGAGUGAGAGGGGUCUAGAUCUGAUCAGGGGGAAAGACAGGAUUUUUGGGUUGUUUUUACAAUUGGUUUUGGUUAUAUUUAAUCAUGGAUCAUGUUCUCGGGGGGAAGUUCAAGCUAGGUCGGAAGAUUGGAAGUGGGUCUUUUGGCGAACUUUAUCUCGGUGUUAAUGUACAAAGUGGAGAGGAAGUGGCUAUUAAGCUGGAAUCUGCAAAGACUAAGCAUCCUCAGCUACAUUAUGAGUCAAAACUGUAUGUGCUUCUUCAGGGAGGAACUGGGGUUCCCCACCUUAAGUGGUUUGGAGUUGAGGGCGAGUACAAUAUCAUGGUUAUUGAUCUCCUUGGACCAAGUCUUGAAGACUUGUUCAACUAUUGCAAUCGGAAGUUUACUCUGAAAACAGUAUUAAUGCUCGCAGAUCAGCUGAUUAAUAGAGUUGAGUAUAUGCACUCGAGGGGUUUUCUGCACCGUGAUAUAAAGCCCGACAACUUCUUAAUGGGCUUAGGACGGAAAGCCAAUCAGGUUUACAUCAUUGACUAUGGCCUUGCAAAAAAGUAUAGGGAUCUUCAAACUCAUAAGCACAUACCAUACAGGGAGAACAAGAAUCUCACAGGAACAGCUCGAUAUGCCAGUGUUAAUACUCACCUUGGAGUUGAACAAAGUAGAAGAGAUGAUCUGGAGUCUCUCGGUUAUGUUCUUAUGUAUUUUCUAAGGGGAAGUCUUCCCUGGCAGGGGUUAAAAGCAGGGACAAAAAAACAGAAAUAUGAUAAGAUUAGUGAAAAGAAGAUGUUAACUCCUAUAGAGGUGUUGUGCAAGUCUUAUCCAUCAGAAUUCAUAUCGUAUUUCCAUUAUUGCCGUUCAUUGAGGUUUGAGGACAAACCAGAUUAUUCAUAUUUGAAGAGGCUUUUUCGUGAUUUGUUUAUUCGAGAAGGUUAUCAAUUUGAUUACGUGUUUGACUGGACUAUAUUGAAGUACCCACAGAUUGGUGCUAGUUCCAAACUGCGGCUGCCUGGUGGGAAAGCAGGUUUAAAUGCUGGCCCUUCUGUUGAAAGAACUGACAAGAUUUCAGUGGGACAAGAGCUCCGUGAUAAAUUCUCAGGUGCAGUCGAAGCGUUUACUAGGAGAAACCCUUCUGGACUGCAUGGUGAUCACUCAAAGCACAAAGCCUCUGAAGAUGGACCAUCAUCUAAAGAUGUGCAACUAGAUUCUGAGAGAGGUCGUACUUCCUCCCGGCAUGGCAGUGCAUCAAGGAGGGCUCUCAUUUCAAGUAGCAGGCCAAGUUCUUCCGGUGAGCCUAGUGAGAAUCGAUCAAGCCGGCUCGUCUCAGGCAGUGGCCGCCUGUCCUCCAGCCAAAGAUUGCAAGCUGGGGUUGAGCCCAGAUCGGCUACCAUCUCCCGUGGCACAGGCACAAGGGGUGUUCGGGACGAUUCACUUCGAAGCUUUGAACUCUUGUCUCUCGGCACAGAGAAGAGGAAGUGAAGAACACUUUCCCAACAGAGCUUUUGCACCAGGAGAGGAAAAUCACUACUCUCUUUAAUUUUUUCCUGAAUCAAUUGGUUCCUUUCAUGGAUGAAAUCCAAAGGGGUUCAUCUCUUUGGAGAAAGUGUGACUAAUAUUAUGUCUAAUGUGAAGAUGUAACGUGUGAUGUCUCUGUUUUUUUAUUGGUCAUUACAGCGUGUUGUACAUUUAUAAACAAUUCCUUCUGAGGAUUGGUGGCUGUAAUCCUCCCCUUUUUACUUCAAAGAAAUGCAAUUGUUGGUACAAGAUCUGUGGCUCAA